AUGGCCCAUCAAGCACAUGCAUAUCAUAUAGUAGACCCCAGCCCUUGACCCCUCACAGGCGCAGUAGCUGCUUUAUUAAUAACAUCUGGAUUAGCAAUUUGAAUACAUUUUCACUCCACAAUCUUAAUGUCAUUAGGACUAGUCCUUCUCCUCUUAACAAUAUAUCAAUGAUGACGAGAUAUUAUUCGAGAAGGGACUUUCCAAGGUCACCACACACCCCCUGUACAAAAAGGUCUCCGCUAUGGAAUGAUUCUAUUUAUUACUUCAGAAGUUUUCUUCUUCUUAGGAUUCUUCUGAGCCUUCUACCAUUCAAGCCUAGCACCCACCCCAGAAUUAGGUGGAUGCUGACCCCCCACAGGAAUUACAACCCUUGAUCCAUUCGAAGUUCCACUACUCAAUACCGCUGUUCUUCUAGCCUCAGGUGUAUCAGUAACCUGAGCACAUCACAGUUUAAUAGAAGGCCAACGAAAACAAGCUAUUCAAUCUCUCACCCUUACUAUUUUAUUAGGCUUUUACUUCACAUUCCUUCAAGCAUUAGAAUAUUAUGAAGCCCCAUUCACAAUUGCAGAUGGAGUUUAUGGUUCAACCUUUUUUGUUGCAACAGGUUUUCAUGGCCUACACGUUAUUAUUGGGUCUACAUUCUUAGCAAUCUGCCUUCUCCGACAAGCCCUUUACCAUUUUACGUCUGAACACCAUUUUGGAUUUGAAGCAGCCGCCUGAUACUGACACUUCGUUGAUGUUGUUUGACUCUUCCUUUAUAUCUCUAUCUACUGAUGAGGAUCCUA